AUGUCGUAUGAGACGUUAGGGGAUGUAUUAGCACAUUAUGUGCGGAUAAGAGGUCUAGGGGGUUUGCAGGAACAGUAUAAGCACAGUUUAUGGCAGGAUACACAGGCACAACUGCAGAAGUUUAUACAACAUUUGAAUGAGGAUGGAAUGGACGAUAUGUAUUCUGCGAAUUGCAACAACACUCCAUGGCAGCACCCGGAUUACCCGACUGAGACAACCGACGCAGUUCCCAGCAUGGGUGACAUAAUUAUAUGCACACUCAUGACAAGGGCAUUGUGGUUUGCAAAUGGUUGGAGCAAAGCACCAGACACGGAUAUGGAAGAUGAUAGUGGCGGAAACAGAGAAUUGAAGGAUUUUAUCAGAUGCGGAAUUGUAAAUAUGUUUAUGCAUCUAUUGGAAGAAUCCGCGUGUAACAGUCCGUCGGGCAUUUCGUAUGCAUGGCACACCAUGCAGCACAUGAACCAUGUACAACUGUUCGGCGGCAACUUAAUACAUGCGGGGACAUGUCACAGGGCAAUGGGAACAGAUAUUCAGGUACACGGAUGGUCCAUGAAAAAAAGUAUUAAACAAUGGUUACGUGCACAUGACAGCAUAAGGACCACAAUAAAGAACGCAAGUGUAAGUACGAACUGUAGCCGUAAAAUAGGAGAACUCCCGACACAGGGGCCAGGUGCGAAAAAUACGGAGAACGGAGAUAAAGUACACGAGCACGUAGUAGGUGCAGCGAAGAAUCUAAGCACAGGGUUGGCUACAAUAUUCAGAGAAAUUAAGAAGGCCGUGAAGGCAAGUGGUAGCAACGGGGAACAGCCUCAAUCCCCAAUGCCUGACUCCCCCUCAGAAGACUCGGACGACGACGACGUCAUGGACGACGAUGAGGACGAUGACGAUGAGGACGAUGAGGGCCAUGAGGACGACGCGAAUGCGAAGAAAACACAAGCUCCACCAGUUAAGGUACCAGAGGUACAAAAAGAGGUUGUUACCGAGAAGAAGGACCAGAACAACAAGGCAGACACACCUUCCUCACCAUCAUCAGCAGGCAGGAACGAUAGCACAGCAGGCCCUGACGGGCAACCACAAGCACCGGCAUCUCCAGUAUUACCAGCAAGACCACCCCCACCUCCACCACCAAGACCAUCGACACCAACACCAGGUCCGCAGGGAGGAGAACAGGAAGCAGGGACAGAUGGAGCCCCGGGACCUCCUGCCCAAGCAGGAUCCGCGCAGGGAGAAGCAGGUACCGGAAGUACAGGUCAUGUCGGAUGUCAGGGCAGCGGAGUUACAUCCUCCAGUGUAUCUGUUAGCUGUGGUACCCAUACGGGUCCAGGACUGUCGCCCCCGAAUAUUCCUGCAGGUAUUACUGUUAUAGUUCAGGAUGCUACCAGCGGCCCCGGCGAUGCCGUCGUCGAUGGCGGAAGCGAUGACGCCCCUCCUCUCAAUCCACCCAAACCAAAACCGAACCCGAACCCAGAUCAAUCGGGUUGCAGCGGAUCCGCUGAAGGCGGCACUGGCAAUGAUCAAACUGCUGCUUCCUCCGGAGGUAGUGCCCCAAGUCCGCCUGCGGCAGCUGGAGGGGGCGGGACGUCCUCUACAUCGGGUUCCUCCACUAUAAAUAGACAUGAUACGCCGCGAUUGGACUUAAAUUUUGGCAGAUAUACAGUAGGUGUAGGUGGAUCCUAUGGACCAUAUGGGAAACCUGUUACACCCGUGGGGAAAUCAACUAAUGAGUUUGAUGAUAAUAUCCCCCCCAUUUUUACUGCAAAGGACAUCUUCCUUUCUUCUCCUAUUCUUAUCUUCGUUGCAUGCGUCACUUCCCUUAUCCUGCUCUUUUUCCUUGGCAAAGCGAGUACAAUAGGCACAUCAUCGGGCAAUGGCACAAGCCAAUAUGGCACAGAAGUUGGAGCUACCUAUGCAAGUGCAGUUGGAACGACCAGCGUGUCGUUGAGUGAUAGAACGGAUAUAGCAAAACGGGGAGAACGUAAUUUUUACGGUGGCCGUGCGACGGGUAGUCCCGUGAAGAACACGGUGUUCGAUGACAUGCGUAACAAGUUAAAACCCAAGUUGCACGUCCAGAAUCGACGACCUCUAAAGAAGAAGCCACAGGGUGGAACAGCGCAGAACAAGCUGAAGGAAUGUUGUCAGAAAUUGAAACGUUGUAAAAUGGGGAGAAGAGCAUGGUCAAUACUUAUAGUAGUCGCCACAGUGCUUUAUUCAUUCUUUAUGCCCAUUUUCCGAGAAUCCCUUCCUACCACGUUUUUUUCAAUAUCAAGCGUUUUUUCGGCGCUCACGUUCCUGUAUGGAAUUCCCAUACUUAUUCCAAUUAUCUAUUGCUGCGUGCUAGUAUGUUUCUGCCGCUCCAAAACAGCGAAAUGUUUAUUGGAUAAAAUUUGGAAGAAGAAGGAGAAGGAGGAAGCUCCCACAGAAACGGAAAAAAAAGAAGGAGAAGUAAAUAAGAAACCGGAGACACCCGGGAAGCAGAAGGUACCUGGAAAACCAGAAGUACCUAACAAUCAGGAAGCAUCUGGGAUAUUAGAGGUACCUAAGAAACCUGAGACACCCGGGAAAUCAGAUGUACCUCAGAAACAGGAAACACCUAAGAAACCAGAAGUAUCUAACAAAACGGAGCUACCUGGAAUCACAGAAGUGCCAAAGAAACCGGAAUUACGCGCAAAAGCACAAUUAGCCGUGAAACCGGAAUCAUCUGGAAAAUCAGAAGUACCUAAGAAAGCAGAAGUACCUAAGAAAUCGGAAGCACCUGCGAAAAUAAAACUACCCUGGAAACUAAAAUUAUCGGGCAAACCAUAA